AUGAAUUUAUUUAGAAUUGGUAAAGGUUUUGCAGGUGUUAUUAAACGAUGGGGUUUCAAAGGCAUGCCUGCAUCACAUGGAACUUCAAAAACCCGUCGUUCAGCUGGUGCUGUGCCGGGUCCUAAAGAUCAAUUUGUUAGAAUUAGAGAUGCUAAAAAGAAACAAGGUGCUAAAUGUUUUCCACAAGAUUAUUUACCACCACCUUUUCCUACUAUUGCGUCAGAGUUAUUAGAAUUAUGCCUAGAGA